GAAACAAAUUCUUAUUUUUUUGUAUUUAUUAUAUAAAUGAAGUUCAUUAUCAGUUCAAUUAACUGAAAGUUAAAACUGUGCUGCAGGACAAUUAUACUGAAAUUUGGAGAAAAUGUAUCAAAAAAAAUUCCUUAGUUUAUUUUGAUUUUUUAUGAGGUUGAGUGUGGUUCGAACGGGAAAACAUUUGUUCUAAGCAACUGCCUUAGUUAGACGCUGAUCCCCCUCUUCACUUAGAAGUAGGUACUCUUUAAGCAUUGGCAGAGUGAAAAGUGAAAAGUAUUUUCGUAUAUGUGUGAGUUUUACCGUCACAGACUGGUUCUGUAAAUACAAGAAGCAGCCUUUUUAGAAACAUGUAUCAAAAUUUAUGUAAUUCUUAGUUUCAUAUAAUUAACACCAAUGUAUAUACAUUACCAGUAUAACAUAUGAAAUCUAAAUUAUAAAUAAUAUGAGACUGUAAAAUAUAAAUAUAUAUUAAUUUGGUUAUAUAAAGGUCUAGGAUGAGUGAGUUAAGUAAAUUGCAUAGGAUUUUUAUAAUUGAAAAGAAUUAAAGUAAAAACUUCAAAUUUGCAUAAUUGAACGAAAAACUAAAAUUAAUGGCUUACCUGUAAAAUUUAUACAUCAUCUUAUCAUCAUUUUCAACCGUUUAUCCCUAUUGGGGUCGCGGGGAUCGCGGGCAAAAAAUUUAAAUAUCAAAAUUUAAACAUCACACGUCAUUAAUAACAUUAAGAGAAAAAAUCAUAGUCAUUCCUUAAAUUUUAUGCUGUUAAUACUGAAUAUGUGAAAGUUGUGUAGAAUAAUAUGAGGAACCACCUUGUACAGUGGCACAGUACGGUGAGCUAUUUUCGUAAAUUACUGUGUUGGUGGUGCUUCUUACAAAAUUUUAUAAACAAAAAUCUGCAAUCCACAAAGCCAAAUAAACUAGUAAAGUGUAGCUUCUUCUUUUUUUGGAAAUUUCGUGCACAAAAACAAAUUUGUGCAGAUUGAGGAAAAAAAACUACCAAAAACCAGGAUAAAAUAAGUAUCCAACAGUAUUACUGAUUUCAAUUGCAUGAUAGAAGGACAUGACAAACGGCAUGAUUGAGACCAAUAGUAGUCAACAGAACUGCAGUAGCAGUAGCAAUGGCGGCAGUGGAAAUCAAGAAGAAUCCAAAACGAAUUUAAUUGUCAACUACUUACCCCAGAAUAUGACUCAAGAAGAGAUUCGGUCUCUAUUCUCCAGCAUCGGCGAAGUAGAAAGUUGCAAAUUAAUUCGCGAUAAGGUUACAGGACAGAGUUUGGGGUAUGGUUUUGUAAACUAUCAUCAGAAGGAAGAUGCAGAAAAGGCCAUUAAUACACUUAAUGGGCUUCGCCUACAGAACAAGACUAUUAAGGUGUCAUUUGCUCGUCCCAGCUCUGAGGCUAUCAAAGGGGCCAACUUAUAUGUAUCGGGACUUCCGAAAAAUUUAACUCAAACCGAACUUGAGGCUAUGUUUAGCCCCUAUGGACGUAUAAUUACAUCACGUAUUCUCUGUGACAAUAUUUCAGAAUGGCUAUUUGUCACUACAGGUGGAACGAGUAUGCCGGGUACGUAAGAGUGGUUUAAGCAU